AUGGUCGCUGAGAGGGUGGUGGGCCUGGUGGCAGAGGUGACGAGAGUGGCAGCAACGGUGGAGUCGUUCUGGGAGGCAGUAGGCUUGAGCUUCCACCCGGUUUCAAUUUUCACACGCCCCCCCCCCCCCCCUUCAUCCUUCAUCUUCACGAGUCGAAGCCCUCUGCUCAGACUAGCUGACCAGCCGAAGACGAACCCGCGAGCCGCGACCCUCAGGCCCUCGACUGCGACCUCGACUCGACCCCGCGACUCUCGAGCCCUCGAUCCUCGAGCCGUCGACCUCGAGGUCUCUGCUUCUCUCUGUGCCUCCAAAAUCGAAGGAGAAAGUACAGAUCUUUCCCCCUUUCCGACCUCAGAUCACCUGCCGGCGGCAGAUUGGCUUAGUUUGAUCGAAUUUUGCUUUCUUGUCUGGCAUUGGAGAUUGUGGGCAGAAUUUAGUAAGUUGGAAGCCAUAGCGCUACUGGUCAAAGGAUUCGGGAGAGGGGAGGCAGUCUUACGCUGCCUUGUGCUACUACUCAAAACAGUUCAAUAUCGUAUUAUGUCAACACAUGGACUUGGAUGCGCUAGUUUCUUUGUUGAAUAUCAAGGCAAUUUAAGGAAAACAUUCUGAUAUAGGGAGACUUGUAUCUUUGAUGGAGGAUUACAAGUCAGAAAUUGAGGAAAGCAGCAUGGGUGAACCUGUAUAAUUUGGAUGAGUGUUUGACAAUGUUGAAGUUGAAAUCUAAGUUUGUAUAUUCCUUCAGUUCUUUUUGCCCAUAUCUUCAAUGUUGAUUUUCAUACUUUCUCCUAUGAAAGAUUCGUGCCCAAAUCUUGAUUCUUUUUUCUUCUCA